AUGGACGAAGACGUACGACACAGAGAUAGUAUCAUCAGUGAUGACGGAGACAAAGAUAAUAUGGAAUCACAGACAUCAAAUCAAAUGACUAUGAAAGCUAUUCCCGGCGCGAAUGGAGUUUCUGCACCGUUAACUGCAUCGGAACAAAUAGGAAUGCUACAAAAUUUUCUUCUGGUGUGGCUGCACGCUCAUAUCGAUGACAAUAAUACAGAUUUUACAACCUCACUCACAAAAGUUCGAAGCACUGUGAGCCCAUUAAUCGAAUUCACUGAAGUUGAUCAAUGUGUCGAUUAUUUGGAAAGUAGCCGUGAUCAGACGAUCCUUUUGAUUGUUAGUGGGACAUUUGUUGAAGAUAUAAUGCCUCUCAUACACGAUAUGUCUCAACUCGACACCGUCGUUAUCUUCCAUAGAGAAGAAACACAACAGAAAGAAUUGGCAAAUAAAUGGUCAAAAGUUCAAGGUUCUUUUACUUCAAUCGAAUCUGUAUGUGAGUCAUUAAAAAUAGCCACUGAACAAUGCGAACAUGAUGCCAUGCCGAUAAGCUUCGUUUCAAAGGACAUUGUAAUCGAAGCAUCAACGAAUAAUAAAUCUCUAGAUCGAUUAGAGCCGUCUUAUAUGUAUUCGGUACUAUUUAAAGAAAUCAUAUUGGAAAUAGAAGAGGAUGAUAUUCAAGCAAUGAAAGAUCUGGUUGUCUAUUGUCGACAGAAAGACAUUGAUGAAAAUCAAUUGAACAAAUUCGAAUGUGAUUAUCACUGUAGAUCGCCAAUCUGGUGGUACACUUGUGAAAAUUUUUUAUAUCGUAUGCUCAAUCGUGCUUUGGGUUCACUUGAUAUGGAGAUUAUGACAAAGUUAGGCUUCUUCAUUCGUAGUCUUCAUCGGCAAUUAGAGCAAUUACAUCAAGAACAAUCAUCUGACUAUUUGAAACCAUUUCAAGUGUAUCGUGGCCAAGGAUUUUCUAAAGAGAACUUUGAAAAUAUAUGCAAUACAAAAGGUGGACUUCUCUCGUUCAACAAUUUCUUAUCUACAAGUAGAGAACCUAAAAUAGCAGAAGAAUUUCUUAAACGUGCUGUUAACAAAAAUGAACAACGCAUCGGCGUUCUUUUUAUUAUAACGAUCAAUCUAAGUAAAGUAUCUGGUGCGACUACUCCAUUCGCUCUUAUUGAAAAGUACAGUUCGAUUCCACGAGAAAGAGAAAUUCUCUUUUCGAUGCAUACGGUUUUUCGUGUAGAUAAAAUAAAAGAAACAGUUGGCAACAGUCGCAUUUGGGAAGUUCACUUGACUCUAACUGACACCAAUGAUCCAGAACUAGCCGCUCUUACGUGUCGCAUACGAGAAGAACUUUGUGGAUCCACGCCGUUGCAACGAUUGGGCCAUUUAAUGAUAAAAGUUGGUGAUUUCAAUCAAGCUGGACAAUUCUAUAAUGAAUUACUUGAAAAAGCGUCCAAUGAUAGUGAUAGAGCACAUAUUUAUCAUCAAAUUGGUUCGGUUAGAAAGCACCAAGGACAAUAUAAAGAAGCAUCUUUAUUCUUCAAUAAUUCUUUGAAAAUCCAGCAAAAACCUCUGUCAGAAGAUCAUAUAACAUUCGUGUCUUCGUACAAUGAAUUGGGUAUGUUGUAUAAUGACAUGGGUGACUACUCAAAAGCACUUCAGUUUCAUGGAAAAUGUGUAGAAAUUACGAAAAAGAUUUCCCUUUCGAAUGAUGUCGAUUUGGCUACAUCCUAUAACAACAUUGGUUCCGUAUAUUACAAUAUGGGCGAUUACAUGAAAGCACUUGAAUUCUACGAAAAAUCUAAAGAAAUCAAAGAAGAAACUCUACCAUUAAACCAUCCAGAUUUGGCAGUUUCCUACAAUAAUAUUGGUUCAGUAUAUGAUGGCCUAGGUGACUAUUUAAAGGCACUUGUAUUCUAUAAAAAGUCUUUGGAAGGAAUGAAAAAUGGUCUACCUACGAACCAUAUUGACUUGGCUAUUUCAUACAACAACAUUGGAUCUGUGUACUACAACAUGGGGGACUGUACAAAAGCACUCGAGUUCUAUAAGCAAGCACAUCAAAUAAAAGAAAAUGCUUUGCCUGUAAAUCAUCCUGAUCUAGCUACUUCCUACAACAACAUUGGUUCAGUAUAUGAAGACUUGGAUGACUAUCCAAAAGCACUUGAAUUCUAUAAAAAGUCAAAUGAAAUAUUCAAAAUUGUUUUGCCUUCAAAUCAUCCAUACUUGGCUACUUCCUACAAUAAUAUCGGUUCAAUAUAUCAUGAGAUGGGCGAUUAUACAACAGCUCUUAAACUUUGUCAAAAUGCUUUUCAUAUUCAACGAAAAACAUUUCAAGAAGAUAACCUUGCUUUCGUUUCCACGUACAGCUUACUAGGAAGAGUGCAUCGAAGUAUGAACGACUACUCGCGAGCACUUAAAUAUUUUGAAAAGUGCCUGGCAAUACUCCAACAAACAUUACCGCACAAACAUCCGAGUUGGGCUAUUGUAUACACUAACUUGGGUGACGUUCAUAGAUUAAUCGGAAAUUAUGAAAUAGCAGUUUCAUUUAAUCGAAAAGCAUUAAAUAUUUAA